CCGAUGAGUUUCUCGCCCGUCCUCUCCAGAGGCGCCAUGGAAAUUCUGGAAGAGCUCCAGGUGCUGACAGCAAAAACAAUGGAGAAGGUCGAGGUUUCCAAACAUUACGAGGUCAUCAGGGAGCUGGGCAAAGGGACGUACGGGAGAGUGGACCUCGCCAUCCACAAAACCAAAGGCACAAAAAUGGCUCUUAAGUUUCUACGCAAGAAAACGACCAAACAGAAGAGCUUUCUCCAGGAGUUCUGCAUCUCCCGCUACCUGUCCUCCUGCCCGUACAUCAUCGGCGUCUACGACAUCGCCUUCGAAACCGGCGAAUAUUACGUCUUCGCGCAGGAAUACGCGCUGGCCGGGGAUCUGUUCGAUAUCAUUCCGCCGCAGGUUGGCCUUUCGGAGCACACCACCAAACGCUGCAUAUACCAGGUGGCGUUGGCCUUGGAUUACCUCCACCACCGGAACCUCGUCCACCGCGACAUCAAACCCGAAAACAUCCUCAUCUUCGACAAAGAGUGCCGGAAGAUUAAACUCUCGGAUUUCGGCAUGACCAGAAUCGCCGGGACGACGGAGAAGCGCGUGAGCGGCACCAUUCCCUACACGGCGCCGGAGCUGUGCGAGAUGUCCAAGCACGGCAGCUUCCUGGUGGAGUCCAGCAUCGACGUGUGGGCCUUCGGCGUCUUGCUCUUUUGCAUGAUGACCGGAAACUUCCCGUGGGAAAAAGCGCUCCAUUUGGACUCGUUCUACUACGAAUUCCUGCAGUGGCAAAAAUACAAGAAGGCCGCCAUCCCCUCGCAGUGGCGCAAGUUCACCCCCCACGCGCUCAAAAUGUUCAGCAAGCUGCUGUCCAUCGAGCCGGAGAAGAGAUGCGCCAUUAAGGACGUUUUGUGGUACUUCGGCAAGAUGUGGUUAAUUAGCAAGGAGGAAUCGCUCGGCGCCGACCCAAAGGCCAAUGGAGACGGCUCGGCGCACAUCAAGCAGCAAGGCCUUCCCGUCGCCGGCGGCAACGAGGUCCUGAACAGCAAUAAAAGCGACACGAGCCCGAGUCUAUCCUUUUCUUCCUGCAGCAGCUACGAGGACGCAGCCAAAGACAGCAACGCCAACUCCAUAUUGGUGUCGACGGCCAUCGAAAUAUGCGUAUAAAACAAAAUGGACGACGCGGGCGCGAAAAACCAUCGCGGCCGCAAGCCAAGGACUUCCAAUCCGUGCCGAAACGACUGUGAGCGCAAUAAAGCAGUCCCGGCACCUAAAACAUAACCCAACGGCAAUCAUUUGGGGGGAAACAUCCAACCAAUCAGAAAGAGGCCUGAUGCAUGCUGGGGAAUUGUGUUUUAAGCACAAGUGACAAACAUUGAUGCUGCAAACGCGUCAUUAACAUAUCGAUAAGCUUACGCUGAAUUCGAAUGGGAAAUUGGAACGCGAUAUUGGCAAUUUUUAUGCUUUUUUUUGGAAUUAUUUAUUUUUUGCCCCAUUUUAAAUGCAGCGAAUUUCAGUUUUGUGUCGUUUGUGUCAUUUUCAUACCCAGGGAGCCACCCUUUGGCCUCUUGUCCUCAUCAUUGAGUUUCAUCCACUUUUUCCACGUCCGGCAAAUAAAUAUUUAAUCUUGGAA